CAAUCCUGAGCAACUGUUUGCGCAGUUGUAAGCAAAACUGAGUCGCCAGUAGCUUUAGCUGAGGGACAUUGAAUGACUUUGUAUCCGUGUGCGGCAACAUUAAGAAAGUUGUGUAUUUGACAGGUCGGAAUUUGUAUUGCAACAAAUGGAGGCCCUUAUACCUGUCAUAAACAAGCUGCAAGAUGUCUUUAACACAGUUGGCGCAGAUAUAAUUCAACUGCCGCAGAUAGUUGUUGUGGGAACCCAGAGCAGUGGGAAGAGUUCUGUUUUAGAGAGCCUGGUCGGCAGGGACAUCCUGCCUCGAGGCACAGGUAUCGUCACACGCCGACCCCUCAUCUUGCAACUUGUGCACAUCGACCCUGAUGAUCGCAGGAAAACCAGUGAAGAAAAUGGCAUUGAUGGAGAGGAAUGGGGCAAAUUCCUACACACCAAAAACAAGAUCUACACAGAUUUUGAAGAAAUCCGACAAGAAAUUGAAGCAGAAACGGAAAGAAUUUCUGGUAUUAACAAGGGUAUUAGUGAUGAACCCAUUCACCUGAAAAUAUUUUCUCCACAUGUCGUGAACCUCACAUUAGUGGACCUUCCUGGCAUAACAAAAGUACCGGUGGGAGACCAGCCCAAAGACAUAGAGAUUCUGAUCAGGGAACUGAUUCUAAAGUACAUCUCCAACCCCAACUCCAUCAUCCUGGCUGUGACUGCUGCCAACACAGACAUGGCAACCUCAGAGGCUCUGAAAGUGGCCCGCGAAGUUGAUCCUGAUGGCAGGAGGACGCUCGCAGUGGUGACAAAGCUGGAUCUGAUGGAUGCUGGAACAGAUGCCAUGGAUGUCUUGAUGGGCAGAGUCAUUCCUGUCAAACUGGGUAUUAUUGGGGUAGUUAACAGGAGUCAGCUGGACAUCAACCAAAAGAAAUCAGUGGCUGACUCUAUUCGCGAUGAACAUGCCUUCCUGCAAAAGAAGUACCCCUCCCUCGCCAACAGAAAUGGAACCAAAUUUCUGGCUAAAACAUUAAACAGGUUACUGAUGCAUCAUAUCAGAGACUGUCUUCCUGAGCUGAAGACAAGGAUCAAUGUGCUCGCUGCACAGUACCAGUCUUUACUUAACAGUUAUGGUAACCCGGUCGAUGACAAGAGCGCCACGUUGCUGCAGCUUAUCACUAAGUUUGCUGCAGAGUAUUGCAACACCAUAGAAGGCACGGCCAAGUACAUUGAGACAGCUGAAUUAUGUGGCGGAGCAAGAAUUUGUUAUAUAUUCCAUGAGACGUUUGGUCGCACACUGGAGUCUGUUGAUCCUCUGGGCGGUCUGACAACCAUCGAUGUGCUGACAGCAAUCAGAAAUGCAACGGGCCCGAGGCCUGCUCUAUUUGUGCCUGAGGUUUCGUUUGAGUUGCUAGUGAAGCGGCAGAUCAAACGUCUGGAGGAGCCCAGCCUGCGCUGUGUGGAGCUGGUUCAUGAGGAGAUGCAGAGGAUCAUCCAACACUGCAGCAACUAUAGCACACAGGAGUUGUUGAGGUUUCCAAAGCUCCAUGAUGCCAUCGUAGAAGUGGUCACCUCCCUCCUCAGGAGGAGACUCCCUGUCACUAAUGAUAUGGUUCAUAACCUGGUAGCUAUUGAGCUGGCCUAUAUCAACACCAAACACCCCGACUUUGCUGAUGCAUGUGGCCUCAUGAACAAUAAUAUAGAAGAGCAGAGACGUAACAGACUGAGAGACUUGCCCCCUGCUGUUCCCAGAGACAAGUCCCUUAAAAGCCCUGGUGGGCAGUCUCUUUCCCCCAUUGAGCCUUUUCCUCUGGAGUGCGAGGCCACCAAGGCAGCGGCCAGUGGCUCUCAGAGUGCUCCCGUCAGUGACCAGGUAGACAGCGGGACGGGCAGCUGGAGGGGCAUGUUGAGGAAGGGGGAGGAGAUGUCUGCAGGUGACAGGACCAUGUCCCUGGCUCCACCCUCUGCAAAUCCACAGAGAGGUCACGCUGUCAACCUGCUCGAUGUGCCUGUUCCAGUUUCCAGGAAGUUGUCUGCUCGGGAGCAGAGGGACUGUGAAGUCAUUGAGAGACUCAUUAAGUCAUAUUUCCUUAUUGUUCGGAAAAAUAUCCAAGACAGUGUACCAAAAGCAGUGAUGCAUUUCCUGGUGAACCAUGUGAAGGACUGCCUGCAGAGCGAGCUAGUGGGUCAGUUAUACAAGACAACCCUGCUGAACGACCUGCUGACAGAGUCCGAGGACAUGGCUCAGAGACGCAACGAGGCUGCCGACAUGCUGAAGGCUUUGCAGAAAGCCAGUCAGGUCAUAGCAGAGAUCAGAGAAACCCACCUGUGGUGAGGGCAGCCUGUCUUAUCCCUCCAGAAGCAGCAUCUUCAUGGGACAUCCAUCGCCCUCAAAACCCCCCCAUAGCAAGUCUCACAGCUCGUCAGAUUGUAGAGACAACUCGAAAAUGCACUGCUGUGGUUACGUGUUUAUCAAAACAUAGUUUUAAUGUACAGAACAGCAUGGACUGAAUCAAAUGAGGGGCAGUAUAUUUCAGUCCCUCUUUAUCAGUAUUAACACAUGCUCCUGUCCUAGAUCAUUAUAUUUUCUUAAUGUAAUUAAAGCAGUGAAUAUAGAGAUAUUAUACAUUACCACUAUGUGGAGCCUUGCUGAGGAAUGUCUGCUCUUAUUUGAAUUAAAGCUAGAAAUGACUAAACAAUAUUAAACAUGUAGAUCCUCUCUUUAUUAGUUGAUGCAAUUAUUUUUCCAAAGAAAUUGAUUUAGAUCUAAAUAACCAUUUUAACCACACACAAUUGUUUCUUGUUAAUAAUAGUAUUAUUUUUUUAUAGACAUGGAACAAAGCUAAAUCACACUUUUUGCUGUUUAUUUUUUAUAUAAAAGUGUUAUUGUCCUAUACUGUAUGUAUGGACAAAUGAACACAAAGCCAGUUUAUAUAUGGUUUGCAGAAAUGUAUCAGAGUGGGUGCACUGACUUAUUUAUUGUUUUGAUCUCCUGAUAAUUGACAUGUAGCCCAACACAACAGAACAAUGAUCACAUUAACUGUAGACACACGGGUACGUCACAGGUGUGACCGUCUGCUUCGACUCGGUCUCGCAGCAGCUUUACCUCAGCCGGCCGCUCAUCUUGCCCUUACCGCGACCUUUGGCACU